AAUCAAAAUGGCGGAAACGAUAUUAAGAAAAGCACAAAUGCAUGUUGGCUGCCAAAUAUGCAAGCAACAAAAAGCGGUCAGUUGGAAAUGUAUAGACUGCAAUCGUUUGUUGUGUGAUACAUGUAAAAUGACCCAUGAAAAUAUUCCGGCAACUGAAAACCAUGAGGUUCUCUCAACGAAGUCAAUUUUGCCACGGCCAAGUAUCAGAAUUAAUUCAAAAAUGUGCAAAUUUCAUGGGAAAAGUUUGUCCCUUCACUGUUCAACGUGUGAUGUGCUUAUUUGCAUGGACUGCAUUUUAGAAAAGCAUAACACACAUAAGUUUGGUGAUAUUGAAUCCAUCAAGCAACGCCAACGGCAAAAAUUUGAAGAAUUCACAAAUGAAAUUCAAGAGGUAAGGAAAAUAAAUAAAGAAAAGGUUAAAUUAUAUGAAUUCAUGAAACAGGAGUGCAUAGUAGAUGUUUCAUUAAAGCGUUCAUUGGUGAAAAAACGCGAAGAGGAGCUGGUUGAUUGGAUAAAAGAGUGGGUUAGAUGCUCGAUUGCUCAACUCGAUCACCAUCAAUGUUAUCUUGUGACAGAUUUAGAUGCAAAUAUAACAGAAACUAAAGAAUUUCUUUGCUCAAUGGAUAAAGUUGAAACACAAAUCCAAAAUCUGUUAAAACAAGAUGAUUCAACAUUAGCGUUUGAAAACUUUGAGAUGAUUAAAGCUCAGGUUAAAAAUCCUAAACUAUCAGAACUGAGAAAUUACCAAAUACGGUACGAGGACGGAAACUUGGAAAAGGAAAAAUGCGACAAAAUCCUUGGAAGAAUAGAGAUUACACAAACAGACAUAGCCGAAACACCAAAAAGGAGAUCAUUUGUUAAAGUACUGUAUUCUUACACGGCAGAGAACGAGGACGAGUUAUCAUUAGAGGAAAAUGAUAUAGUUGAAGUUCUACACCAGGAUACAGAUGAUAGUGGAUGGGCACAAGGGCGCUGUAAGGGAAAAACUGGUGAAUACCCAACGAACUUUGUGGAAAUAUCUAAUAAUUAUCUACAAGAAAUUAAGGGGACCAAGAUAGCGGAAAGCGACAUUCAACCAGUUGAGGUUAUCUAUGCGUAUACUCCCGAGAACGAAGAUGAACUUCAACUUGUGGUCGGAUGUGUCAUAGACAUACUUAAUAAGGACGGUGACCCUGGGUGGUGGUUUGGUCGAUGUGGAAAUAAAGUGGGAUUUUUUCCAGAUAACUUUGUUACAGUCAUUACAAAGCAUAAAACCUAAUGCGCUUGUUCAAUAUUUGUGGAAAAAAACCAACAAAGCCAAAAAGAAUGCAAAAGAAAACUAAACUAAAGAUAAUGCGACGGAAUUGUUUUGCAGAAUGUUUUCUUCAUGAAUGGGGAUUAACAAUUGUAAAUAAAUCAAUAUUAUAUUCUACAAAGUUAAUGAUCAAACAUAAUACUUACGCUUGGUUGUAUUGGUCCUGACUUCAUACAUGCACUUUCGUAAGAAAGUUUAAGGUUGGAACAGGUUGACAACAAGCCAAACAUCCCAUUCACAAGACGGUUACUGUAAACCAACUCAUUUUCGCGGAUACUUUAUUUCGCGUUUAGCUUUUUCUUGCCCACUUCGCGGCGAUUUAAUUUCGCGAUUUUCAAAUUUACUGGAAGUAGUUAGAUAUGGAAUAAUCCCAGUUUUGAAGUUUUGCGACGAUUUAUAUUCGCGUUAUUUUUCUACUCGCGAAAGUCGCGAAAAUUAGUUGGUUUACAGUAUAUCAGUUUCAUUAAACAUGUAUCUGCUGCAGUUUUUAUACCAUAUUUAAGUUAUUGGGGUAUUUGUCAUGUUAUUCGUUUUGAUGCACAUAUGCAUAAUGAUUGGAUUUGACCUUAUUUUUAAAUUCAAAGAACAAAGAUCCUUUCGUGGAAAAGGAUUCAAUGAUUUUCUCAAAGGAUAGAAUAGUUUGACUUAAGUUGAUAUAAAUAAUAUCACGAUUAAAACUAUUUGUUUAAUAUUGAUACAAAAAUCAUUUAUUCGAAAGUUAUCAUAGCUUAAUUUGUAUUAGGUUUUGUACUAUCAAUUGACAAUACAGAUAAUGUAGUAUACGACCAAUUUCUUUUUGUUAAAUUGUUUUCGAUACACAUAUAUUUUAUCUUUCAAAUAAUUAUAGAUUACAGAAAUAUAUCUGAAGCUUGACGGUAAUAAGUAAUAAUCUCAUCACACAUUCCAUUGGCACAAAGGAAGACACGAAAGUUCUGUUUUCUAGGUUUAGAGAUCAUUCUCCAAUUGAAAGUUAUCAGGAAGAUUGACUAAAAUCGUUUACUGUCCCCAUCACGAAUUGGAUGAUUGAACGAUUUGUCUGUGUCUCAAAUUAUGAGAGACAAUUUUCGCGGGCUUAUAUCUUUAGAUACAUAUAUACAAGAAAAGUUGCCUGAUCUGUAAAUUUACCGAUUGCGUUAAAUUCCACAUAAAGACAUUUUAACUAUGCGAGGAAUUGCAUGCCGGCUGAGGCGUACAUAGUAGGAGACGCUUACCCUGACGACACACCCAAACUCUAGUCUUUUGAAUUCCAUGCUAUCCCUCAGUUUUUUGUUUUUCUCUUGAUUUGCACCUUCUUAAUUGAUUUAUGAUAUCUGUACGAAAUGCCUACAUUUUAUACAAAAUCUAUUUCUCAAAUGCCAACAAAAAUAAUUAAAUAGAUGUUGUUUUAGUAAAUAGGUGUUGUUUUAGAACAAAAUUUAAUAACUAGGAAAUGAGUUAGUUUAAAUGUAAAAAUUAUUGUUCACCUUAAAAAUAUUAUAUUUUUUUAAAUAAAAAUUUAUUUGAAAUGAAAUGGCAUGUAAUAAUACUAUUAAAAUUGUUAAGUAAACAAAUAAUUAUAAGAAAAAUAGUAUUAAAAUUCAAAGUAAAAAAUUAAAAUUGAAACAAAUAAAUGAAAAAAAACGACAUUUUAAAGUACAUUUAUGAAUAGAAAUCAUUUAAAUUUUAAAGUACAUAGAUAUAUUUAAUGUAUGAGCAAACCAAUUAUUGGUACGACGUGCUGCUGUAUAGCCAUUGGUGCCAGUAGAAGAAGUCAAAGAUGUCUGGUUUAGUGCUCUAGAAGAUCUUUAGAGGACCUUACAAGAUGCCAGCAACUUCAGUAUGCAGCAGGUGGAAAACAUUUUGAUUUAUGGAAGCGAAAAUACAUGGAAAUUUAAGAUAGACUCUCCAACAUAAAGAUUCAACACCAGAACGGAGAGAUUUCGACAGUUCAGUUUGAAGAUGCUGGCUCAUACUUCCUUCACUUGGACUAAAUUGACAAUAUACUUGUAUACUUGUGAUGAGACUAUGUGAUUAUUCAUGUUGUAAAUUUUUAAAACAUGUUUGCUUCAUUUAUUUGUGAUUGUGUUAAGUGGCUUUUUUUUCUUAUCUUGAUAUUUAUCUAUAUGCUUGUUUACAUGAUCAAUUGAACAUGAAUAAAUAUAUAUUUCUUA